GUGAAGUUUAGGCAGAGAUUUUGUUGGGGGUUGAUGGUGAUUUUCAGAGAGGGGGAUGAAGAACAUAUCGAUUAGGGGGAGAAGAAGAAGACAUACAACUUUAGUUGUCACCCCAUGUUUUUUUUUUUUUUUGUUUAUCUACAGGGGAGAGAUGAAUGAGAGCUUGAGCAAAGAUGCAGAUAAGAAAAAUUUGAUCUGUUCUUUGGGAGGCACGAACAAGGAGAAAGAGAAAGAAAAAAAAAAGGAGAGAGGAAAGAGAUGGCCGAAUAGAAAGAAGACGGUAGUGGCCCUUGAUCUUGAGAUUGAGAACAACCUGCCUCACAAUGCUUAUAUGAAAUACUUUGGCCGUAAUAAUCUACUUCACCUAGAGGAGGAUCCCAAACUAAAAAAUAAAAAUACAGCAGGACCCUCUGGUGACCGGCGGCAACCUCAUCUUUCUUCCCUUUCUUUGUUUCUUUUCCCUGUCAAUCCAUCGUCCCCCUUUUCCCUUCGUUUCGUCAUGUCUUUUUCUCUUUUUUCC